UUGGAAGACCAUAUAUCCAAAUCAGAUUGUUUUAGAAUUAAUUGUCCUAUUGUGAUAAAGAACACACAGCAUUUUUACAACUUUAAAUUGCAUCUAGAUCAAUACCAAUGAAUGCAGCAGUAGGUUAAGGAAAUUGGUUUUCCAAACCAAUAUUGUCUGUCUACUACUCUCAGCCCCUCCAGUCCUUCCCAGUGGUAUCCAAUGCAACUGGAGUAGAUCUUUCAUUUUAUCCCAUGCUUGGUAGCUGGUCAGCAAGCGAAGGGUGAAGAAAUAAUAAAUCUGAGAUUACACAGAAAUUCCAGUAGAGUUGGCAGUAUCCUUACAGAAGAAUAAGACAUAAAUGCAACUGAAUUUCCUGAACUGUGGGGCAGGAAAAGGCAUAUAUUUAAGCUUUUUCAGGCAGCAUGAUCUGGACAUACUGACCGAAGUACACAAACAUCUGAUUGGUACAAGCUGAUCAUGGUGAUCCAGACAUGAAUGUAGAAAAGGAGGAGGAGAGAGAUCUAGUUAAUAAGUAAUUCCUGGCUAUAAUGCAAGUCUGAACAAACAGCACAGUUUCCCAGCAGUGAAGACAGUAUCUCAGCUUAAACACCCUCCAGUACAAGUAUAUUAUUCCUUCCUCUCACUAAGAAGAAUAUGAAAAACAAGAAGAGUUUUGCUCCACAAGAAGCAGAAGCACGUCCUUCCAGAUGUCCAGAUAACAGUGCAUUCAAACAACAGAGGCUACCGGCGUGGAAGCCCCAGCUUACCAUUGCGACUGUGCUCUCCACCUUCUUUCUCACAGGAGCGUUUUGCCUUUCUGUGGGAAUCUGCCUCAUACUGUCAGCAAACAGCGUCAAAGAAAUCCAGAUUAAUUAUUCAGACAAAUGCUCGGAUUGUUCAAAACUUCGUGAAAAUUCCUUUAAUUGGAAUAUCGAAUGCCUCUGUUCUAUUGAUUUCACACUGAAGGAAGAUAUGCUGGGUGAUGUUUUUAUGUACUAUGGCCUGCAAAACUUCUAUCAAAACCACCGUCGAUACGUGAUAUCAAGAAGUGAUGCACAGUUGUUGGGUCGAGAAGUAAAUGUUCAGCAGAGCUACUGUGCGCCCUUCACCACAUACAAAAAUGGAACACCGAUGGCUCCAUGCGGUGCUAUUGCCAACAGCAUGUUCAAUGAUACUAUUGAUCUUUUUUACAAUUUUAACUCAUCUGUUAUUCAAGUACCACUGCUGAAGACUGGAAACAGUUGGUGGACAGAUAAAAAUGUGAAAUUUCGCAAUCCACAAUCACACAAUCUCUCUUCUGCAUUUGCAGGGACAGCAAGACCUCCUUACUGGCAGAAACCAGUAUAUUUGUUAGAUGAGGAAAAUGAGAGGAACAAUGGUUAUAUAAAUGAUGACUUCAUUAUCUGGAUGCGAGUGUCAGCUUUUGCUACAUUCAAAAAUCUUUAUCGUCGUAUCAGCCGGGAAAGACAUUUUGCUGAUGGCCUCCCAGCAGGGAAUUACACUUUCCGUAUCUUGUAUAAUUUCCCUGUAACCAAAUUCAAGGGGAAGAAAUACGUGAUUCUUUCAACCAUGGUAUGGAGCGGAGGAAGUAACCCGUUCUUGGGAAUUGCUUAUGUGGUUUGUGGCGCAGCAGCAACCCUGACAGGUUUUAUCAUAACUGCCAUCCACUUAAAGCUCAGAAAAAAGAAAACAUACUUUCAGAAGUAAUAAGGUUUCCUGGAUUUAUAAACAAUGGCAAAGGUUUGCUGUGAAUGAACAGGCAGCACAGGCCUUUCAUUCUUUCCCCUAAGCUCUAGAUCAGUUUCAGUAACAGGUUUGGUGAAUGUAAGCAAACUGAGGGGCAGUGCCCUUCCAUCAUCCAACACCAAACUUGUAUGAGGCUGCAUUAUUAUUAAUGCAUGUGUGCUCCUACAUUUGUUUCCUAGGAAACUGGUAGUGAACUGACUUUCAAACAGGAGAUACUGUCGUAGUUUAAAAUUCAAUGGCAGAGAAACUGUAUGGUACUAAUUUUUUGGCCAGAACUCUUGAGUCCAUUUUCGUUUCUUAGCCUUUGAUUGAUACAAUAUUUCUAAUGGCUUAAUUGGAGCUUGGAUUGGUAAAAAAGUGAGAUCUUGCUCCAGAAAGCUUGAGCAGAUAGAACUUGAUGGUAAAGUCUGUUUGUUGGUUGUAUGCGUGGGCUGAAUGGCUUGGCUAAGGUUUUAUACGGCUUUUUUUUCAGCUAUCCUGAAAAAGCCGAUAGUUUAUUUGCAUAUCAGUGCGGUAUAUUCAUCACAGUUUAAUACUUGAUUCAUAAUUGAAUACAGGCCAUUUUUAGGAGUAUGGAGUGUGUUUAAACCCUCUUGGUUGGUUUUAUCUGGGUACCAAGACUAGCUUGCAGAGCUAGACAGAGGGCGUUACAAUUUAACAGAAAGUUUAAUUAAAAGCUCCUUCGAUGCUAACGUUUUAGCAGAAACAUCUAGAUAAUGUAAUCAUUAAGCCACAGACCCAAACCUAUCUAACUCACCCUUCUGUGCAGAAGUGCACACUGACUCUAAAUGUCUGUUCCCCAUUCAGGUUCUCAUUUCUGUGGUGCAGAGACUCAUAGUAAACAUAAAACAUCAGAAAAUCUGACACCUUUAUUUUCAGAAAAUUAUUGUUGCAGCCAAUUAAUAGACUAUUAUCAAUUUUCAUGUUUCAUAUUUGAAACACCUAGAAGCAGUUUCCAGUCUCUUGCAAAAUGUAGGAACAACACUGAAGAAUUUGGACCAAGUAUACUAUGGCAUGUAUGAAUUUUUAAAAAUAAUUUCUCUGUUUCAGAAGAGGAAAUGGAAUAAAACGCAUGCAAUGAAUUUCUUUGAUAAGUAUUCUGUGUGCCUCACUCCUCCUCACACACACACACACACACACAAACACAAAAACAACACUAAAAGAAGAAAGAAAACACAUACUAGAGCAAGAGAAGGCAAUGUGGCAUAGGGAAGCUGUGUGACACUGUCAAGUCUGCCUUUAAAAAUGUAUCAGGUAUUUAGGAUCUUACGACCUUUGACAGAUGGCCUCUGAUUAAUCUAUUUGCAGCAACAGAAGGUACUGUUUCCUUUAAUCUGUGCUUCAUAAUUGAGCCAUGAGCAGUGGAAAGUGAUGCUGCUCAAGUUCAUAGCCUGGCCUGUUGGUACAAGUUUGCUCCAUCAGUGUGUUGUAUUGACAUUCUGUGCUAAUGCAUGUGUCUGCUUCCACUCUUCCUGGUCAGGGCCAGUCACCUCCAUCAGCAAACUGGAAACAGGGUUCCAGUAUUUCAAACCAUUGCAUCUAAAUCUGCCAGGGGCUGUGGGUGAAAACUAUCCCUCGGUGGACCGGACGAGACAGGGCAUGAAGCAGUAUAUUUAACAAUGCUUAAGCUCAUUAGUCUAAAUCACUUCUAACAAUGAGACGUGCUCCUGAACCUUCUAAGUGCUUUUGAAAAUUUAAUCCCAUGCAGCCUUCUGGAAGGCCCUGAUGGGAGCUAGUGCCAAAGCUGAACUCAGGAUUUCUGGCUCCAAACAGACCACAGGACUCUUUUUUUUUUUUUUUUUUUUUUAUUUCCCCCCUUCUCUUUUUUUUUUUUUCUUUCAUUUUUUUUAAAUCCUCUGAGAAACUGGUUUGCAGGAAAUGAUAUAUCAUCUGGGCGUUUAAGUCACAGCACAAUUGCCAUUGAUGUUAUUUCUUUGUGGAAUAUCUGGUAAAAAUGUUAGUAAAAGGAGACUGAAUAAUGAGGUAUGUAUUUCAGUAAGUCAGUGUCUACAAGAAAAAAAUAAUAUUUAGAAAACACAGCCUAGCAAGCAGCGUUCACAGUAUGUCCUUUAUCUCCCAGAGGUUUGUGCAAGAACCUGGCUCAUCUCUUGAAAUGUGCAAUGUCUUCAAACUCCUCCACAGGGAAAACCUGUCUUCAAACAAAUCUUCCUCUGUCUAUUACUCCGGAAGUUAUCUAAGUCUUCAUUUAUGAAAAUAAAAGUUCUUUUUCAUCUUACCACAACUUUAAACACGUCUUCAAUCUUUCUUGUACCCUCUGAACAGCGUCCUUGGAAGCCGCUACUUGAGCUCAGGAAGUUUCUGUUGUUAACUCUGAACAGCUCUGCAGUGUCUGUCUUGUCAUUUCGGGUAGUGCUGCCUACCCCAGAACAAUGGGGAUGGCAGUUUUGAUGAAGUACUCACAGCAGAUGUAUUUGGACAGAAUCUGCCUUGCUCAAAAGAAUGGAUGGAAAAUAAAGUUUUAGCAACCUCCUUACACUGCUUUUUGUGCCAGUGCUCCAGCUCUGCUGUUGGUCUGCCCCUUGUACCAGCACUUGCCUGAAGGUGCCUUUUCAGGAUAAUUUUGUAGAUGUAAUCCUCUACCUGUAUGAAAUGUUUAUUGAAAUUGUUUUAUGCUGCCUCUGCCUUACUCCUUCUGCAGGGGCUGAAACAGAAGUGAGAGUCCUGGCUGGAGUACUGCCCUAACAACUGGAUAGUAAAAGCCAUCCUUAGUGCGUUCUCAUUGUGGCGUGGGUAAGGGGAUAAUCCCCUUCUGUCAUAAGCAGCUGAUAGCGGCAGAAAGCACGAUUUCAGACAAAAAUCCAAUGUGAGUUUGAAUUAAUUUAUUCUGGUUAGUGAUUAUUAGAUCAAAUUUGAUCAGGGAAAAUAGAUUUGUAGAGCAGAGAUGUUGUAGUUUUGUUGAAGAAGUGUAACUUAGUUUUAAAGUACCUGGAGCAUCAUAACCAUGCUAUGCUUUUGGCACAGAGCUACUUUUGCCUUGCACAUUUGAUUUUACAAAUUAAUAUUAUAUGCCUUGAGUAAAGGCAAAAAGAAAAAAAAAAAAGGUGCUGAUAAAAUUCUUCAAAAAGUGACUUUUAAUAAGUUUAUCUAUAAAACAUACUUCCACCAAUACUAAGUAGGCAUUUUUAUAUGAGAUAAUGUAUGUAAACUUGUGGAUUUGGUACAAAGAUAUCCUGGUUUAAGAUUGCUGAGUCAACUUAAGAGCAGCACCUGGUAAGUGCAAACAGGUAAGUCCCUUUUUAUUGUUGUUCGGUUUUGUUUUGUUUGUUUGUUUUUGGUCUGUGGUUUGUUGUUGUUGCUGUUAUAUAUAUAUAUAUAUAUAUAUGUAUGUAUGUGUAUAAUUUGUUAUUGUGAAGAUGGCAGUUACACAUAGGAUAAUUUUAUCAUCUGAUAUUCUGUAGUUCAGUUUUAACAGUGGCAAAAAAUAUCUAGAGGUAGAAGAAUCCCACUAUUUUGAAAACCUUAUAUACAAUUUAAAUCUCAUUUCUAAAUUACAGAGAGGCAUAAGAGAGAGCUGUAUUUUAAUGUCAAAAACUGUUGUGCUGCUUUUGGUUGCCAGCUCCCUUUAGGGUUGAAUUUUAAUAGUAUGUAUAUCUAUAUGGAGAGACAUAAAACUGAAGUAGGAAUUAUAGGAUAUUUCAGUAGCCCUUCAGCUACAGCAUUUUCCCAAGUCUUUUUCAGGCUUUACAAUUACACACACACACAUCCAGUAUCUGUCUGUCUAGAUUGUUGUUUUUUUUUUUUUUUGUUUUUUUUUUUUCUGUCUAAACAUAGAGAUUUGCUUAUCUCAUCUAAAAACUAAAGGAUAAAUCCUUCAUGUGAAACAGAUUAGCAUGAUCACAGACCUAUAGAAUCUGGAAAAAUUAGUUACAUGCCGAAUCUGUUUUAUAUAAACAGCUGUGUUGCAUUGUGAUAUUAAUAGUAGUAUGUGGAUGGAGCACUAUGUAUUUUAUUGUUGCAUUACAGUGUUAAAACCCAUUUCCUUUUUCUAAGAAAUCAAACUCAUACCAGAGUAAAUUCAAGGAGAACACUUCAGGAAAGGGAGGGCUUGGGAAAUUUUGAUAAUGUUCAGAUUUGAGUUUAGAUCUGAAAUAGGAGAAAGCACUUGCUUCACAUUAUAAGAAGGCAGUGUCCUCCUUGGUUGAGAGCAGUAUGGUGUGAAGUAUGGAGAAAGCUGGUUUGAAAAGAAAACUGCUUUCACAAGGAGGAAGAAUGGUGGAAGGGGCAAAGUACUUUAUUUGCUCUUGGAUAGGAGGCAAAGAGAUGCCAUAGGAUGGUGUAUCCUGAUGUGAUCUAUAAACCCCAUAUACCUUUGGGGAGCAGUCAAGUUAAGUAAACAAAACUUACUGGUUUUCAGUGGAUGGUACAUGCGCUCUGAAGUACAGCACUUAGCUUUUGAGAUAAGGUGUUUUGACUCAGUUCUCUCUAAUUGCAUUAUUCCCUACAAUUCCAAGAACAAUUUUCUUGCGAGCUGGGAGUGCCUUGGGCAGCUGCCUUUGCCUUGGUGGCCUGUUUGCAAGGGAGGGGUUGUGGAGCAGUUUUUGUUUGCUCUCUCCCCAGGCUAUGGGAAGCCAAGCAAAGGGAGAGUGGGGCUUGUUCGGCUUUUGCUUACAUUUCAUGAGCACAUGAGAAAUUUUUCUCUCUUUCCCCAUAUGGCCAGCUAGGAGAGGAAAACGACAAUAGGGCUGAUUGUAGUCUAGUGCAAGUAGAGACAAUAUUAAAUGAUAUCAAAAGGUUAUUGCCUUGCGAGUUGCAUACCAGUUGAGAAACACCAAAAAGCAAAAGUUGCCAAAUAGCCUUUUCUUUUUUCUGGCUCCUGUUAGAUGCAGUGGACCUACAGCCUCUACUGAACACACGACACGAUUUUGAGUAGAAGUAUCUUUGGGAGAGGAUUGCAGGUGGCUCUUUCUCCGUUACUGUUAGGUGGGAGGCUGUAUAGCUGUUAAGUCUCUCUUGGGCUCAGGAUUAGACUUUUAGGCACCUACUGCAAGGCUGUGCUUUGGAAAUGGCAGCAUUUGAAAUGGCAGCCAGGUCCAGGACUUGCUGGAAAGGUGACCAAGGUGCCAGAGAGUCUGGGGGCAGGAGCUGGCUGAGCUUCUCAAUGAACCAUCUUAAACACCUGUCUCCCUCAGUAGCUGCAGGUCCAGGGGAAGUAUGGUUCAUUUUGGAAACACCUUGCUUUGUUGUUUUAUGUUUCCUUCAGAAUUAGUAGUUCACAAGAAACUACUUGAAAUGUAGUGGUACGGAUCAAAAAAUAGUCAUUUAGUUACACUCCCAUGCAAUUGCAGCCAUUGUAUCUGCGUUAAAGUGCCUGAAAUGAUCCCUUCCAAACUGAAACAACUAAAAUACAACUUGUAAAAAAAUGAGGUUUUCUACUGUGUCAGAUGCAGCUAUCCCAAGUUAUCUGCCGUUUCACCAUCAUGAUUCCUGUGCAUCAUGAGAAAAUGUUCCAUUAACAGCUCUGCUAACCCAGUUAUAACACCGGGAGAUUCAGGGUCGAAGAUUAGGUUAAAAGUUCUUGAGGUUUCUCGGAUUGCUUAUAUCAAUCUCUGGGCUUUAGACAGACUGUAUUCUUAGCAACAGUGAACCUGAACGCAUUGUAAGAAGAAAUGUGUCAAGAAAAAUGGGGUGGUUAAAAGGAAAAGGCUGGGAAGUAGUGACUAACCCUGCCCAUAACCCCAUUUGUCAUAACAAGUUAACAUUUGGGGGACAUGUACAAAGCUGCUGUCACUGCCUCUGAGGUACAACGUGGCAGCUAUUAUUUUAUUUUUAUUAUUAGACAGUGCAGAGAGAGACUUCACAACAGCUCAGGACAAUAAUAACAUCUGCAGCUCAUAACACCCCUCCCCUUGGCGGGUGUGCCGAGGAAUCUGUCACAGCAGCAGGGGACAGCAGCGCCGUGUCCCCCAGUACCAGCAGAAGCCGUGAUUUAGCACUUGAUGCUGGUGGUGCUUCAUCCUGGUGGGUGGCAGGAUGUGUCUCAAGUGGUGUAAAGAGGGUACAUUCCUGCAUGGGCUGGCUUUCGCUGGCCUGUGCCAUACAAGUGUGGGCCGUCCAAGCGGCGUUUGGGACCCCUCCAGGGCCUUGCGCUGAAAUCGGUGUGUGCUCUCAGGACGUCUUCAUGGCUCGCCAUGCAUUGGACCUAGCCAGUGGUCUGAGUUGCAUGCAGAGAUAAAUUACAGAACGGUAGAGAAGGGAAGGGAGUGUGAAGAGCACCAGGGCAGUGCUAUGUGAAUUAGCAGCAUGCAGUUUAUUGUGGAGGCUGAUAAAAUAAUGUAUGGUCUUAAGAACAGCAGUCUAUGGACAAAUCAAGUGUGGCAUGAAUGCUUUUGUUACCUCAUUACAUUUUGCUGACCCAUCUCAGUUCAGAUCUUUGCUAUUUUAUUUACAAAUGGAAUUUACACAGAAAGUGUCUUUUGGAGUACUGUCAGUUUUGUGAAACUUGAUUCAGUUUUUACUGUUUUUUACCGUGGUUCUACGUUCAAUGUGUUACUUUGAUUGCAACACUGUUACUUUAAAUUAAAAUCUCUAAAGGUAAAGAAUAGCGCAAGAAUAAUCAGUGAGUAAUCAGCCAAACAUUACAAGAAUUAGACAGCCUAUAAAGCAGUGAGGUUUCUGUAUCUAAGGUCUUUCCUAGUCUUAUCUUCUGAUGAUAAUGAGCCAGGGCUGGAGAUGAGAAUUUAGAACAGACAAGCAUCGGCUGUGCUCAUGUGUAAUUUUGGUGUCAGCCAUCUCUGUCCUGACUGCAGACUGCAUGAGGUUUUCUUUGCUAUGUUCGGUAAGAAAAAAAAAAAUCCAGUAUUUACAGGCAAAUUUCCAUGUUAUAAGAUCACAAUUGCUGGGUCUUAUGAGAUCUAGCAACGAUCACAAGGUAUUUCGACAAGCUUUCUUCAUGCAUUUCUCAUGUCGUUUCUGGCUUUGCAGUUAAUCAUAAAAAAAGGCAUUGAUCCUGAAUGAAGUUGAUGAGCUAAGAAGUAAAGCUAUGGAUAAGAUUUUAUCUUUGCAUAUUUUUGUUACUGAUAAAAUGAAUUAAAUACAAGAAUUGCUUAACAGAUGUAUAAAUUGUAAUUGUGCCAAUGACUUUCAGGCUGUAGCUUGAGGAAUUUAUCAUUCAGAUUUCUGAGUUCAUAACUUCACCUCAGGCAACCAGCGGAAAGCCAAGUCUUAGCUAAAAAGGUCAAGAGUUGCUUUUCAAAGGGAGGUAAGAAAAUUAGGAGACAGUGCACAAGCCUUUUGGGCACUUUCAUCAUUUUUGGCUUUUUCAGGAUUUUGAUUGAAAUGCAGUGGAAUGUCUCACAAAAUGUAAGUAAAUAGACUACCUUUUAAAAUUGGGGGUUGCCCUGAAACUUACCUGUUUUGUCAGGAAUUCUUAUAAACACUGAAGAGGUGAUUGUGAACAUGUUGUAGAAAGAAAUGAGGUAAAAAUAUGUCAGGUGUAACUUUAAGUGUUCCUAGCGUUCCGAAGGAUUGAUUAUUUUCAGGAAUGCCUUUGAUUCAAUAAUUGCUUGAUUAAAAAAAUAUUCCCUUCCUAUGGGGUGGGUAUAAAUUUAAAGUUUCAGUACUGUACCAAAGUUAAUGGAGUUGUCUCUACUGGAACCCAGGCUGUGCUUCUUUUAUAAGAAGUGGACCAGUAGCUCGUAAGUGACGAGGCGGCCUGAGCCAUGUAUUUUUAAUGCUGUCUUCACUCUGUCUGGGUCACUUCUGCUUCAGGUAGUUUGUUUGCCUGAUGGUGGUACUGAAAUAGCACAGUACCAAGAAAGGCAAGUAGUGGUAACCUGUGAAGCUGACGAAGGCUGCGUGUGAGCCCACGGCAGGAGAUUUAAGGGCUGGUCAGGGCUGGAGCAUUCAGUAUGGCUGGGGGGACUUGGACAGUUUUGUGUUUUUACAGAGCUGUUCCUGGAGGCUUUCCCUCAGUGGGAAACCAAGGGGGCCUUUGUUCUGCAUUUACCCUACAGAUUUCAUAGGUGCUACCACUAUAAAUACCAACAUGUUGGCAAGUUUUCCUCAGCCAAACUUCACUCAGACGUUACUGUAAGGAUGAUACGUGCAGGCUGAGCAUGAUUCCCCUAGAAAUUAAUGCAAAAAGGGAAGUCUUUUGUGUUGAAGUACUUGUUCUUCAGACUUUAUUGUGCUAAGAGUAAAACCGCUUGCUCUUUUACUAGGAAAAGGUGGUUGUUUGAUGCCGGCUUUGUCCAAAACCGCACCAUACUGCGGCCGUGCCCGUUGUUAAUGGGACGGAAAGUGUACCAGUACGGGCAGCAGGGGAGCCCUGUGUUGGGCAGCGACGGUGCCCGCCUGCCCGCCCAGCGGCCCCUUGCCCCCGGCCGUCGCUCCCUCGCGCGGUCGCCACCCGUGCAGGCGACCGGGGGGCGGGCUCCUGCGCCGAUCGGCCAAUAGGAGAGCGGCGGGCGGGAGGAGAGGUGCAGGUUGUAGCCAAUGGGGGCUCGAGAAGCUGAGGGCGCGCGGCGGUAACGGUCACUCGUGGAGUGGUGCCUGAGGCGGCAGGGGACCGCCGCCAUGUUAGGGGGCGGCUCGGGCAGGCCGGUAGCUGGGCGUUGCGGAGCCGUGAGGGGAGCUUGGGCUGCGCCUCGCCUGAGGCAGCGGGUGAGCUCUGCUGGUGCGCCAGCGCUGCGGCCGUGGGUACGAGGCGCCGCGAGCGGUACUGUGCGCAGGUCCAGUGUUGGGUCAACCGUGCCUCGAUACGCUGUGUUUGUGAACAGUCACGUGCAUUGCGUUGUUGUUUUGUUUUUUUUAAAAAAAAAAUUUUUGUGUGUUUCGGCCUGAACAGCUGGAUCGGACCUAAUGUACAAACAGCCACUGUGCUGCAAGCUUAGGGACUCUCAAAUCAUGAGUGGCAACAGGAGUAACAUAAGAAUGUCCAUUUCUGCAGCAAUCUAGUUUAGUACCAGUUCUCAGUGCCAGCCAUGUGCUAGGAAGGAGUGAAAUGAAAACCUGGUAAACAGAUAAUGCAAUGUGGUAACCGCAUCCAAGCGAGCACAACCAACACACCACAUCUAAUCUGGUAUCUUCUAGGUUGAGAUUUGCAUCACUAAGUCAACAUGUCUGCAUCUGUUUUAGCUAUUCCAGAUGCCUUUAUAUGGACGAAGCGUAUUUGGGCACCGUUUAUUGUUCACUAGAAAAGAGCCAGGGAAGUUGUUUUGUUUUGUAAGCCUAAAAAAUGUAUGCUUCCUUCCAAACUCAGUUCACACAUACCAUGGGUGAGCCUCACUGGUCAAUGAAGUGCCUGAGAGGAAAAUGCUAGAUUGAUCCUGGCAUUGGCCAGACAUUUGCUCUUUACUAUUUUUUUCAUUUUUAGUAGAAAAUCCAAGAGGUCUCUGAUUCACUUAUUUUUAAGGCCUUUUGAAUAUAUCUUUCAUCUGAAAAUACUUUUAUUAAUGAAACAACACACUACUAAUGUAUCUUAAUAAUGCUAAUAAAAGUAUAAAAUGUUUUUAAUAGAAAUAAUGAUGUUCUGAACUGAACAGUACCUCAUUUAUUUGAUAUGAAAACAAAAUCAACUGAAUUCUGAUGGUGGGUAAUUAUAGCUUUAAAUGGGAAAAUAUUUUUUUAAGUCUGACUCAGUAGGGAUUUUUAUAAGCAUUCACCAUUACAUAUUUAGAUUAUAAAAUCAGGAUCUUAUUUUGCUAAUCAGCCUCAAAGUAGCUAGUAACAGGAUCUGCUUGUUUUGUUUCCAUGGUGUUGUCAAUGCUAUGAAGAAAUAAACUUCGAGUUUGUGGCAAAACUGGCUUGCAAACGUAUAGGGAAAAAAAUGAGUAAGACAGUGGCAUUUUUAUAUAAGUGUUUUAUGCAGAAAAAAAUGUUGUUUCAGGUGUUCUUUUUCCUCAAGUUCUGUAAAAAUAAGGGCUUGUUUUUAUUUUUCAGAACUUUGUAGCACAACCUUGAAAUAGAACUACUUAUAAUGUGUACCUACAUACUAAUAUAUAUGUGUUGACAAUAAGUCAACAAGUAUUGUAAAUACAUUCUUCAUGCAUUUGUUUAUAGAUGACAGGGUAAAGAAGAUUAGCUUUUUAAUGUUAAAUUUCUAUUUGCUUCUAUGUGAAGCUUCAUGGUGAGAAGGCAUGCAAACCAUUUCAGCUUCUAUGUGAUCGAAGUCUGAAGACAUGUAAAAAGGAAUACCAAGUUAGCAUUUUCUUAGCUCUUUGAAGAUAUUUUGAAAUACCUGUGUUUGAAUUGCAGAUUUUGAAAAUAGCUUUUCAAUUGUAUCUUACAUUGUAACACAAAAGGAAAAAA